AUGACAGUAUCCCGAAGCAUUCAGUUUAUACGACACUUUACCACUUUAAAUGUUCGACAAUCGCCUAUUACUAUAGGUGUAUCAUACCAUCUGCAUAAUGUUGUAGCUGAACAAUUUCGACUAACCAUGUCGCGAAUGGCUUCUCCAGCAAUGAUACUUACAUCAGCAAUUCCUAUGAGUAAUACCCCAGAUGCUGAAACAACAACAACCGCCGCCACGACCUCGCUACCUUUACUGCCGAGAUCACAGUUGCAUGGAAUGACACUUGGCUCAGUAUGCUCCUUGUCCGUUUAUCCUAGACCAUUACUCCAAUUUAAUUUGCAUUUACCAUCAUACACUUCGGUUAAUUUACAUGAAUAUGGAUACUUGGCACUUCACUUGAUGCCGCCUACACAUCAAGGAGCUUAUUUGAGUCGAGUCUUUGCCCGCGGCGUCAAGGUAGACACCAGGGGCAAGAAAUGGAGACCCGACGAAGAUGCACAAGUGGAGGAGGAUGGCGAGGUGUUUCACGAAAUGACGUUGCCGUUUCGCGAUUUGACAUUGGAUAAAGAUUACAAGUUUUUGGAAAUGUUAGAGGCAAAAGUGGAAGUUCCUGUGCUCAAUGAGGCCGAAGUGGUCAUGUUAUGCAAAUGUCAGCGUAAUUUCCAAGUUGAUCAACAUGAAAUUUGGAUUGUUGAAGUGUUACAGAUUGUAAACAACGGAAACCGAGGUAAAUCCGGUGGGUUGUUGUACUUCAAUAGGGGGUUUCAUAUGAUUGGAGAGGGGAUACUGGAAGACCUUAGAAAUGCGGACCAUAGAAAGUGA